GCAAAAGACCGAUGAGUUCCUCAGUUCCAGACUCUUCGCCUCUUCGAGUCUUCGGUUCCUCCGCAGCGUCUAACGGAACUUUUUCUCAUCUUCCCAGCGAUUCAUCCUCUUUUUAUAUCGCAAAUCAGCCCUCUUCUUUCCUUUACCGAUUAAUUCCUCAAUUUCUUCUUAUUUGAAUUAAUAAAAGAGUUUGAAGGCUAUAGCUCAUUAUUCAUCAAAGAUAUCAAGAUUUGAAAUUCCUCUCUUCAUCCAUUUCUGUCUACUGCAGUGUUGCACACUCUAUUUGCUUAUCCCAGGUUUUAUUGUUUCUUCAUAUAUUUAAUUCUAAUAUGCCUCCUAAAAUAAGAAAAUAUGAAUCUGGGUAUGCAAAACGUAAAAAGAAACAAAGAAUUGAAGAUUUAAUAGAAUCUCAAAAAGGAGCCCUUCAUAAAUUUAUUAUAAUAAUAACUUUCAUUCAAUUGAUAUUUUUGAUCCAAGAAAUUGGGAAGCACUUGAUUCUAAAAUGAUUGACCUUUUAGUGAUAAAUGGACCUAAAAGAGACCCAAACAUUAAAAAAGGACCCAAGGAUAAAUUAUCAAGGAGAUUUUCUUCAUCUUUUUACACUAAAAUUUUACCAAAUGGGGAGCAGUGUGAUAGGGAUUGGCUUGUAUAUUCGAAAGAACUUGACAAAAUAUUCUGUUUUUGUUGUAAAAUAUUUAAAAAAGGUCAUGCAAAAGGGCAAUUAGCAAAUGAAGGUUUUGGGGAUUGGAUACAUACUAGCAGUAGGAUUAGGGAGCAUGAACUUAGCAUGGAGCAUGUUAAAAAUUUGACCUCCUGGUAUGAUUUGCGUCUCAGGUUGCAAAAUAAUAAAACAAUUGAUAAUGUGGCUCAAAAAUUACUUGAUAAAGAAAAAGAACAUUGGAGAAAAAUUUUGUUUAGAAUUAUUUAUAUUGUGAAAUUUCUUUCAAAGCAUAAUCUUGCUUUUCGUGGUACUAAUGGAAGAUUGUAUCAAAACUGUAAUGGAAAUUUUUUAGGAUUAAUUGAAAUGUUAGCUGAAUUUGAUCCGAUCACUCAAGAGCAUGUUCGGCGCAUUACAAAUAAUGAUCUUCAUUUUCAUUAUCUAGGUUGGAGGAUUCAGAAUGAAGUAAUAUCUUUGCUUGCUUUUGAAAUAAGAUCUGUUAUCAUCAAAAAAAUAAAGCAAUCAAAAUAUUUCUCUGUGAUACUUGAUUGCACCCCUGAUAUAAGUCAUCAAGAACAAAUGUCUUUGAUAUUAAGAUAUGUUGAUUUAUCUUCUGAUAUUGUUCAAGUUGAAGAGUCAUUUUUGGGAUUUUUGGAAGUGAAUGAUACAACUGGUCAAGGGCUUUUUGUUGUUUUACAAAAUGAGUUAAAAUCUCUCUCUUGAUAUAGAUAAUGUGCGUGGUCAAGGCUAUGACAACGGAUCAAAUAUGAAAGGAAAACAUCAAGGGGUUAAAAAAAAACUUUUAGACAUCAACCCUAGAUCUUUCUAUACUCCAUGUGGUUGUCAUAGCCUUAAUUUAACAUUAUGUGAUAUGGCUAAUGUUUCUGGUAAAGCUAGAGAUUUUUUUGGAAUUAUCCAACGCAUCUAUACAAUUUUUGCAAAUUUUACUAAACGAUGGCAUAUUUUGAAAGAUAAUGUCAAAGGCUUAACUCUUAAACCACUAUCAUCUACUCGCUGGGAGAGUCAUAUUGAUAGUGUUAAAGCUAUAAGGUUUCAAAUAUCAAAUAUAUGUGAAGCUUUACUUCAAAUUCAUGAAAGCGAUAAAGACUCAAAAAUAAAGAGUGAAGCGAAAUCUUUAGCAGAAAAGGACCUUGGUGAUUUUGAAUUUAUAAUGGCAUUAGUAAUUUGGUACGAGAUAUUAUAUGCUGUUAAUGUAGUUAGCAAACAACUACAAUCUAGAGACAUGCUUAUUGAUGUUGCUAUUGAAAAAAUAAAGGGAUUAAUAUCUUUUUUUAAAGAGUACAGACAACAUGGAUUUUCUGAUGCCUUACAAACUGCUAGAGAAAUAGCUAUUGAAAUGAACAUUAAUCCAAUGUUUCCGGAAAGGCGUAAAACUCGAAGAAAAAAACAUUUUGAUGAAAGUUCAAGUGAUGUGUGUGCUACAGAAUCACAAUCUGAAGAAGAAUCAUUUAGGAUUAAUUAUUUUCUGUUCAUUGUUGAUGAAGCAAUUUCUUCACUAACUUCAAGGUUUGAACAAUAUCAACAAUAUGAAAAUAUUUUUGGUUUCUUGUUUACUUCUGACAAGUUGCACUCAUUAGAUGAUCAAAGCUUAAAAGUUUGUUGUAACAAUCUUGAAACUUCCCUCAAACAUGCGGAACAUUCAGAUAUUGAUGGGAAUGAUUUAUAUGCAGAGCUAAAACUGCUGCAACAUUUCUUACCAAAAUAAAAAAUGGAAGCUAUCGAUAUUUUGAAGUGUUUAAAACGUCUCGGCAGCUUUCCUAAUGCAUUUAUUGCUUAUAGAAUUUUGUUAACUAUUCCUGUGACUGUUGCAUCUGCAGAAAGAAGUUUUUCAAAGUUGAAGUUAUUGAAGUCUUAUAUGCGAUCUACCAUGUCACAAGAAAGACUCAAUGGAUUGGCUUUAUUGAAUAUAGAAAGUGAUCUUUUGGAUAAUAUUGCUUACGAAGAUGUGAUUGAAGCUUUUGUUUCAAACAAUGUUAGAAGAAUAGCUCUUUUAAAGUAGUUUGUAUAAUUCAAAGUGUAAGAAAAUUGUUGUAAUAUG